AUGUAUUCAAUUGUUCUCUUCGGUGUCUUAAUUCAUUUAACAACUUCAAUUCCCAUCGAUAAUGGCGUUGAAGGUGAACCUGAAAUUGAAUGUGGUCCAACAUCUAUUACUAUUAAUUUUAAUACUCGUAAUGCAUUUGAAGGCCACGUUUAUGUGAAAGGCCUCUAUGAUCAGCAGGGUUGUCGAUCAGAUGAAGGAGGACGUCAAGUUGCUGGAAUUGAAUUACCAUUCGAUUCAUGCAAUGUUGCUCGUACUCGAUCGUUAAAUCCAAGAGGGAUUUUCGUUAGCACAACUGUAGUUAUUUCAUUUCAUCCACUUUUUAUUACGAAAGUAGACCGUGCAUACCGUGUACAAUGCUUCUAUAUGGAAGCUGACAAGACCGUCAGCACUCAGAUUGAGGUAUCAGAAAUCACUACGGCCUUCCAAACUCAAGUUGUUCCCAUGCCAAUUUGUAGAUAUGAGGUGAGUAUACUUGAUGGUGGACCAUCUGGCCAACCGAUCCAAUUCGCUACAAUCGGUCAACAAGUCUACCAUAAAUGGACAUGCGAAUCAGAAACUAUCGACACAUUUUGUGCCCUCGUUCAUUCAUGUGUCGUUGAUGAUGGUAAUGGUGAUAAAGUGGAACUUCUCAAUGCUGAUGGUUGCGCUCUCGAUAAAUAUCUUCUUAACAAUCUUGAAUAUCCAACUGAUCUAAUGGCUGGUCAAGAAGCUCACGUUUAUAAAUACGCCGACAGACCGCAACUAUUUUAUCAAUGUCAAAUUGCCAUCAGCAUAAAGGAACCGAAUGGUGAAUGCCCACGACCACAAUGCACAGAACCUCAAGGUUUCGGAGCAAGGAAACUACAAACUACUCCUAUAGCACGUCAUGCCUUAUUCCGAGUACUGAAGAAACGAAACAUCAUCGAUGAAGCGAACACUUUAGAUCCUUCUGAAGUGCCAUUUUCUCUACGACAUCGUAAUGUAAAUAACGAAUAUGGUCAACAAAUUAUCCUUGGAACAAUCGAUCAAGGAAUUUGCAUGUCAAAAGUUGGCUUUACAUUAACUGGAAUACUCGCGCUUGCAAUUUUGGCAGUCGGAUUAUCGGUAGCAGUGACAUUAUCAAGGAGUUCUGGAAAAAUGCAGUGA